AUUUAAUCAAAUCAUAUCGAUUGAACCGACUAUUUAUUUAAAGAUAUUUACUUUGGAGUGAAUAAAUUAACACCUUUUUAUAAUACCUCACAUAGGUAUAAUAUUGCAAUCAAAAGUUCCUAAGUUUUUACAUGAAUCGGCUGCAAUAAAUCAACCAAACAUAAUACAGAUAAGUUGCUAACAGGUUGAAAUACAUUAUCUUUCCGUGACUAAACAAGAAUAUAUUCAAGUGUAGUGUCCAUCACUUAGCAAGUCGUGAUGUUAUUGAAGAAGGUCCGUAUAUAAGGCUUCCUUGGAACACCAUGUACUCAUUUAUAUUUAAACACGAUGAGAUAUAAUCGUUUAGUACUAAAGUUUUUGAUACUGUUUACUUUUGUUUGUGUGCAAAGUAAUUUGAGCGAAGAUGGGAGAGUUGUGUUGGUAUCGCCCGUUCUAGCUCCUUAUAGAAACGCGAGAGCAGAAACAAAUGAGACCGCUAAAGACUUUCCCGUGCUUAUGUUGCUGGCUGGCGAUGGCGACCAAAGUGUACGAGAAGAAAAAAAUACGGAUAUUGUUCAACAGCCUGUGUAUGUGAAAAAAAUAGAAGAUCAAAAACAUCUCCUGAGACGCCGUAGAAAAAUAAGCAAGAUCUACUUCGUGCAGAGAUAUUAAUAGCCAACAAAAAACUAUAGAUGAGCAAUUGUUGCCGGAACACAUCUUAUAUUUCGAGAAAAUUACUCAUAAAUAAAGUACAAGGAAAUAAAAGAUAUAAUACAAGUUAUGAAGAAGCGUUUAUUAUUGAAAUCAAUCUUGGUAUUUUUAAACAAAACCAGUUUAUCUAGCACCACAAUUGAUUUAAACAUUGUGUGGUUGCUAACAUUGAGAACUACAAAAAAAUUAUCAAGUGCGUAGCCACGUUUUUGCUAUUUUAUAACUUACCUAUUCAAUUUUUAUUAUAUUUAUUGUUAUUUUAUUGACUAUAGCAGCACAUCAUUGAAAAGGAUUCGUGUCUGUCUGUUACUAAUAAAAAAAUCUGUAAAACUACAAAAAACUAGAAUGAUGAAUUAUUCCCUUUUAUGUCAAAGUCAAAUCAUCUAAUUAAACCAUGAAUAGGUACUUUUGAAAUGUUAACAAAUAAAUAAAUAAUAGCCUGUCAGACUGUCCAUCAGUGAAGCUAAGUGCUCGUUUCAAAGUGUACCUUCAAAUGAAGAAGAACGAGCAAGAAACUCCAUUCAUUACUCUUUAAAAAAAUACAUUUUUACAAUUUAUAUUCAUUUUUCCAAUUAAUAAUUGUACAUAUAUGACAGACGAAAACUUCAAAAUGCUUUGGAAAAUUACGAUACAGCAUCCUGUACCCUUAGUACGAGUUUGCUUUACGUUGAACGAAAAUGAAACGAGAAAGGCUUCUCGUGUCGAUCUCAUUAAACAUAAAGCACUCUCAUAUUAAAACCCCAGUAUGUUUAAUCCUAGACGAAACUCACUAAAACAGCAAAAAUCAUGCAAAUUAAUUUAAAACAGUAUUUUUUCCUAAUUCUGAUAUUUUUACAAAUGUGACAAGUCGACCUUUGGGACAUGUUUACUAAAAAAGUAUGUUAGACUACCUAUAGAGAUAUUAUUAAACUAACACAGUGAUUUAUUAUACAGUUGUUAUUUAAAACUGUGUUUUAUUUCCAUUCAUAAAGAUCCAGAAAAUUCCAUUACUUUGUAUGAUUAUGCUUGUUUAAAUGUGACGUAAUACCCAUAUUAAUCGUUUUAAUUGUUAAAGUACGUGGUUAGGAAAACCAAGUUAUUAAAAUCUGCGAUACCAUCAGUUGUUGACAUUAUAAAAACAGGUGACAGUUGCAUUUCGCGCCAUAUUGCAAAAAAUACAGAUAACACAAGACAUUUUUUUUUCAAAAUGGCGUCUCAAUUUCACAUUUAUUUUACUUUAUCACUAGUAUUUUUAAGUGUAAAUUGUUUAAUAAAUAAUGGGCAACGAAGUUCUGAUGUCAUACAUGGACAGAAUGCAGCCAGACAUUCUUCUGCAAGCCGGUUUAGACGGCAGAGCCCACUACUAGGUUACAAAAACUACGGACAGGCAGUGCAACCAAGUGUGGUGGUGGUGCCUGGAGUUCCUAACACCGUGUAUAGAGGAUCAUCUUAUGGAACACAAAGCGUGCCCUAUGGAACACAAGCGGCUGGUUACGGCGUGAACAGAGCCCCUACCGUAGUGGUCAGCGUUCCAGAUAGCAGUAGCUGUAAGAAAAGCACAAAGAAGAAAAAAAAGAUUCUCUCAGAUUUAUCCGAAAAGUAGUAGGAUGACAACUACAUGACUCCAGUACUAAGCAACCCAUACGUCCCAAGAAUAUAAUAGACCAAAAUGUCACAAGACACAAAACUUGUUAUUGAAAAUAAAACUUUAUUAAUAUAACAA